AUGGGUUAUCCAGAACAAUUUAAAAUUGCAACUAGAUUAUUAAAUGAUAAUAUUUUAUUAGGUUCAACUGCAUUUACAAGAUUUGAUAGAGUCAAUUUUGGAGCGAGAAUGGCUAUUUUCAAUUAUAAAUCUACAACUCCAUCUCCAAAUACUGAUAAUUUAAUAAUUUGGUCACCUUUACCUUAUGGUUCGCAAGUACAAGAAAUUUUACAAAAUUUCACUACUUCUAAUUUUGAAUCAAGUUUAAAAUAUGUAAUUAUACCAGACAAAGAACAUAAUAUGGCUGGUAAAACAUAUAAGGAAAAAUUCCCCAAUUGUAAAUUAAUUGGAAUGGAAGGAAUCGAUUACGGUACAAUUAAACUUGAUUAUAUUUUUAAAAAAUCAAUGGGAAAUAUGAUAUUUAAAGAUGCAAAUUUAAGAGAAAUUAUAAAUGAUGAUUUAAUUGUAGAUAAUUUUGAAUUCGUAUAUUUACCGUAUCAUUCAAAUCAAGAAUUAGUCGUGUACGAAAAAAAAUCAAAAACAUUAUUUGAAGCAGACUUAUUAUUUAAUCUUGGUUGUUCUAGUCAAUUGGAACAAUUUUCACCUGCUACUGGUUAUCCAUCUAAUUUUAAUCCUCAUACUGGCUGGUCAUUUUUAACAAGAUAUUUACAACCAUAUUCAAAAAUUGGUAGAUGGAUGUUUAGAUUUGUAGUUAAUGUUAAAAAAAGUAAACAAGGAUUACAAGCUAUUAGUUUAUUAAAUUUUGAUAAUAUUGUAAUGUGUCAUGGUAAUAUAAUUACAGAAAAUGCUAAAAAAGCAUUUGAUAAUGUGUUCAUUGAUUAA